GCGCGCACGCCUGCGGGAGCCCUCUCCAGGCAACCCAGUGCUGAUCGCCGGUGCCGGUGCGGCCGUUCCCCCUCCGUCGCGGGAGGCGAGGCUCCGAAGCAGCCCCCUCAUCCUCCUGGGCUCACCCUCCACCCACUUUCCGGUGGACCUCGGGGCAUGAGCAACGAUGGCGGGCUGCAUCCCUGAGGAGAAAACUUACCGACGCUUCCUGGAGCUGUUCUUGGGCGAGUUCCGCGGACCGUGCGGCGGCGGCGAGCCAGAGCCCGAACCCGAAUCUGAGCCCGAGCCUGAAGCCGAGCUGGUCGCGGCUGAGGCGGCCGAGGCUUCGGGGGAGGAACCGGGGGAGGACGCUGCGACAGUAGCGGCGGCCGAGGAGGGGGAGCAGGACCAAGACCCCGAGCCUGAAGAGGAGGCGGUGGAGGAGGAGGCGGCAGCCGAGGGCGAGGAGGAGGAGGAAGCGGCGGCCCCGGGGCACUCGGCCGUGCCGCCGCCGCCGCAGCCCCAGCUGCCGCCGCUGCCCCCGCUCCCGCGGCCGCUGUCGGAGCGCAUCACCCGAGAGGAGGUGGAGGGCGAGAGCCUGGACCUGUGCCUGCAGCAGCUCUACAAAUAUAACUGCCCUUCCUUUCUGGCGGCCGCUUUAGCCAGAGCCACGUCAGAUGAAGUGCUCCAGAGUGAUCUUUCUGCUCACUAUAUCCCAAAGGAAACAGAUGGCACAGAAGGCACUGUGGAAAUCGAGACCGUGAAAUUGGCCCGUUCUGUCUUCAGCAAACUACACGAGAUUUGUUGCAGCUGGGUCAAGGACUUCCCACUGCGCAGGAGGCCUCAGAUUUACUAUGAAACAUCAAUCCACGCCAUCAAAAACAUGCGAAGGAAAAUGGAGGACAAACACGUGUGCAUCCCUGACUUUAAUAUGCUCUUCAACCUAGAGGACCAGGAAGAACAAGCUUACUUUGCAGUGUUUGAUGGCCAUGGGGGAGUGGAUGCUGCCAUUUAUGCCUCUGUUCACCUACAUGUUAACUUAGUGCGCCAGGAGAUGUUCCCCCACGAUCCUGCUGAGGCUCUCUGUCGGGCCUUCCGUGUCACAGAUGAGCGGUUUGUGCAGAAGGCAGCCCGGGAGAGCUUACGAUGUGGAACCACAGGAGUAGUGACUUUUAUCAGAGGCAACAUGCUCCACGUGGCAUGGGUGGGCGAUUCCCAGGUUAUGCUUGUAAGGAAGGGCCAAGCUGUUGAACUAAUGAAACCACACAAACCAGACAGAGAGGAUGAAAAGCAGCGAAUCGAGGCCCUUGGAGGCUGUGUGGUGUGGUUUGGUGCCUGGAGGGUGAAUGGAAGUCUAUCUGUCUCCAGAGCUAUAGGAGAUGCUGAACAUAAGCCAUACAUCUGUGGAGAUGCAGAUUCGGCCUCAACUGUUUUGGAUGGGACUGAAGACUACCUCAUUCUGGCCUGUGAUGGCUUCUAUGAUACCGUGAACCCUGAUGAGGCAGUGAAGGUUGUGUCUGACCACUUGAAAGAGAAUAAUGGAGACAGCAGCAUGGUUGCCCACAAAUUAGUAGCAUCAGCUCGUGAUGCAGGGUCGAGUGAUAACAUCACAGUUAUUGUGGUAUUCCUGAGGGACAUGAACAAAGCUGUAAAUGUUAGUGAGGAAUCAGAUUGGACAGACAACUCUUUUCAAGGAGGGCAAGAAGAUGGUGGGGAUGAUAAGGAGAAUCAUGGAGAGUGCAAACGCCCUUGGCCUCAGCACCAGUGCUCAGCACCAGCCGAUCUAGGCUAUGAGGGGCGAGUGGAUUCAUUCACUGAUAGAACUAGCCUGAGCCCAGGGCCCCAAAUCAACGUGCUGGAAGAUCCAGACUACCUAGAUCUCACACAAAUAGAAGCAAGCAAACCUCACAGUGCCCAAUUUUUGCCACCAGUUGAGAUGAUUGGUCCUGGUGCACCAAAGAAAGCAGAUCUUAAUGAGCUAAUAAUGGAGGAAAAAUCAGUCAAGUCAUCAUUGCCUGAACGGAGUGGUGCUGGAGAGUUUCGGGCUUCUUUUAAUUUGGGUUCAACAGGGCAACAGAUAUGCAGAAUGGAGAGCUUGUCUCCUGUCUGUUCUGGGUUGGAAAAUGAACAGUUCAAAUCCCUGGGGAAAACAGCGUCUAGAUUGUAUCAUUUAUGCCACCACUACUCCAAAAGGCAGCGUGGAUUCAGGUUUAAUCCAAAGUUUUAUUCAUUUCUUACUGCUCAACAGCCUUCUCACAAAAUAGGCAUUAGCCUCUCCUCACUUACUCGAAGUGGGAAGAGAAACAAGAUGUUAAGAAGCUCUUUGCCAUGGAGGGAAAAUAGCUGGGAAGGAUAUAGAGGAAACAUGAAGAUUAGAAAGUAUAAUGAUAUUCCAUGCCCAGACCUUCCCUGGAGCUAUAAAAUAUAAGACUAUUUAUUCUUCAAUGUAGGCUAGCUAGCACUCUCAAAAAUACAACUAUCAGAGUAGAAACAAGGUAGACAUUUUUAACGUACAUGUGCUUCAUUAUGAAUCCAUUGAUGGCUCAAUCCUUAAAUGUACAUAGAUCUCUAGGAAACUCAAAAUAGUGUUUUCAAUCUUAAAGUAUUGGCGGUUUCACUAGCAAAAUCAUACAGACUGGUCCCUGUGGUGUGUCUUUAUACCUACAUCCAGCCCCUCUCCACCAUCCCUUCACAUCACUAGUGGAAGCUUUGAAGUUAUUCCAGUCAGGAUAUAUGGUAUGGAAAUCGCAAGUAUCUGGUCUGAUGUGCCUAAUCUAAAGGAAACAGGUAGAAUUAAAUUCUGGGGGAAAGUCCCUCAAGAUCCUGGGGACUAUGAAGGAUGCCUCUCCAGUUGUUUGGGUGAAAGACUAAAAGCCACACAGGUCUUAGAGCCAGUACCAAAGUGUCAUAUUCUCAGACUUGGAAGGCAGUAUGCAGUAAGAUAACUUGUUCAUUUUUCAUAGAAAAUGAAAGGCAACUAUGAAUAUUUUUAAUUAAAAUAUUUCACAAGGUUUUUAUUUGAGAAUUUUGUAACCUGUUCUGGUGCUUUUGGUGGAAUUUUGUUGUUCAUUAAGAGACCUCUGUCAACUGGCUGUAAGCUAUGAUGCUGUUCUUCAGAAAUCUCAGGAAUAAAAGUAGGUUAAGAGAUGAUGGCAGCUAUGACAGAAGACUCAAAUGCCAUUUAAGAGGAGAUAUGAAAAUAGCACUUCUAUAUUUUCUGCUUUUUUUAAACAGUUUACAGACAGCAAAGGCAUGUAUUACUAUAAUAUAAACAUAGUUUGAAUAAUGAAACAACGAUAGUUUUAAUGUCUCUAAAAUUGUUUUCCCCAAGGGAAUGAAGUAAUUGGUAUGAAGGAGGCUGAGUGUGAACCCAGAGGCCACGUGCAUAGGAGAAUGCAGAUUACUGAGGGCCAAGGCUGUUUAGUUUUAAGUGGAAGGCGAGCCAGAGUCCAGCUACCUGCUUCAGACUACAGUGACAGGUCAUAUGCUUCUCAUUUCAAGACUUCAAUUAUAGUUAUCUAUUUUUUCCAUUUCUACAGUUUCAAACUAGAAACCUAUCUUCACCUAAAAAGAGCAAAUACACGAUCAGAUUUGGUCAGUGAGGCAGCCUGGUUUAUCUCAAUCAUGAAUGUUCCCAUGUUCCCCAUCCCAUCAUCAGCCAUGGACUAGCCAGGCCAACAAGCAGGAGCUGGAGCCAUUGCUCACAAGUAGCGGCACCACUAAAUGUGCUUGCUGAGGCACAGCCACUGCCUAAUCAUGUUCUAUGUAACAACACAGACCCAGAGAGGACUAAGACCCUCAAAUUUCACAAAUGGAUGACUCUAGCAUGUCAAAGGUACCAGCAGAGCUACAUCAAACCAUUAAGGACCAAAACGCAGCUUCUCUUCAGCACUGGUCAAACUCUUAACCUACAGCUUUUCUUUUUCUAAAUCCUAAGUGGAGCUUUUCAGUAUUUGUUUUUGUUGACCUUGGGAGUCAUUUAUUCUUCCCUCCAGUCUCAAGACUGCUGAGAAGACAUAAGCAUGGCUCCACCUCAACAGUAUUAGGACUUCAUCAUCUUUCUGAUGCUUGCCUAUAAUGGACCUCACUCAUGUCAGUCAUUUUUUGAAGCCCAGAUCUUGCUGACAACCCAUCAUGUGCAGGGCCAGUUUCAAACCAAAUUUCUAAAGAAAACAGAGGCGGUAGAACACAGAUGUACAUCAAAUCCCAAAAUAGCUAAGUACAUUUUGAAGAAUUUCUGUGGUUAUCUGGUAAUGUUUUUGAUCAGAAUAAGGAGCAAGGAAAAAACAUGAGGUGAUAGGCUUUUUAUCAGUGGGGUAAAAAAUGGGUGGAUGAAACUAGGGCAAACAGACCCAUUUUGAAAGGUCUGCAUUUUGUAGGUCUGACUACACAGCAGUGUUAACUCCAUUUCUCAUAUCAUUAGCUCUCUAGAAAAAGAGAAAAGUAGUUCUAGUAUGGUCACGUUAAUAAACCAAUACUGUAAAAACUAACUCUUCAUUUGUUCACAGUGUGCAUAUUUAUAAGGUAGUUUAGGUACCAUUUGUACGGUAAGUCCUUUAACAUUCUAUAAUAUUAAAGUAGUGGUUAUUGGCCUGAUAUAUGCUGCUGUUGGUUCUAUAAACCAGAUGAGAAGCAGUGCUUUGUGAAAUGCAGUGUUAAACCUUAAUGCCACUGGUGAUAGGAAGUAGUUCCCUUCAGUUCAAAUCCUCUGCCCUUAUUUGCUGCUUGCUAAUGUAAGCAAUAAGUAACCCUCUAACUAAUGGUAUCUAUACAUUUCUGUAACUUAUAUUUAAUGAUGGUGUAUCUGGUGAUUGUAAAAAUAUUAGGCAGAUAUAAAAGUAACUAUACAAUAUAUAUUAACUGUAAAUGCUGAGGUAUAGUCUGUAAGUUGUGUGUUUUGUACCUCUAUUUCAUUGUGCAAUUUAGUGGUGGUAAAAGUCCAACACUCGAUCCUUAAAGAGUGGCAGUAUCUUUUUCAGUUACCAUGAUCUGCAUACAUUUGUUUGCUUGCUAAACCAGUUUUGUUACAGUAGGAAAUAGCAAAACAAAUAUAGACAAAGUGUAGUAUCUGAUAGGAAAGCAGACUUCAAGUCACCAACUGAGGUUACUACUCCUUGUACAUUCACUGUGAGUCGCAAAAGGCAUCAGUCCCUAAUUUCAAAGGUUUCUCUUUUCACUCUUUUUAGAUAUGUACAUUGAGAAGGAUAUCCCAGGUUGGCAACAUUACAGCACCAAAUACUGGAGUUAUUCUACUUUUGUCUGUACAACAGAGAUCAGACAGAAAAACAUGUAUAUAUUUUUUCUUUACCUACAAGUGCCAUUCAUUGUCCUAGAAGUAAUAUAAUUAGAGUUCAUGUUGCAUUUAAGAGGAAGCACCUUGAAAGUAACAUCUUUUCAAAGGACAAUGUCAGUAAUGUCAACACUAAGUCUAACCCUGACCACAUUUAUAGUGGUCUAGCAUCGACACUGCAUUUUCAUGACACCACACUCCAUUGUUAGAACACUGUGCCAGUAAGAAGUGCAGCAUCCAAGGGGCAGACGAAGGUGCAGUUCAGUGUUGUAGACAAGCUGCUGUGCUUCAACAAGUACUUCCUCCCCAUCAAAGGCUUGCUGAGGGUUGUGAGAAAAAGGUCUAAAUUAUUUUAAUUUUUAAAUUCACUCAAAGCUUUUUUUUUUCAUCUAGGGCUACAAAAGAGGAUACUACAAUUUUGUUUGGGAAAACUUUUCUUUGGAUCAUAAAUUAUAAACUACUAAAAGAUUUGUUUUCACCUUUCAAAAACAGGAUUUGACCUAUAGAAAAAUGGUUGUUUCCUCAAAACAAAUGAUAUGCCAGUAUCCAGACAAAUAGUACUGAUUGAACAAACCACUGUUGCAUCCUCCAGUAGCAUUUUAUCUAUUCAAGCCUAUUUAUUAUACUAAUUAGAAACAUGAGUGGGGGAAGGGGAUUGCACUGACUCAGCAGUUGCUCUUGAAAAGGAAAUACUUUAAUUAUCUUUGAUGUAUUAGAUAAUGCAGAUACAUCAUUGUAAUCUCUCUAGGUGCUCUUUGGUGAGACAAGCUUUCUCUUUUCAUGACAUUUCUCUGCAAAGAAUUCUCUCUGGAGUGAACUGAAUGAAGUUGCCAUUUAAAAACCUACUCUACUGAUCACUUUUGAGUUGAGUUGUAAUCAUAAGUGAUCUUUCAUGUUUUAUUUAUUAAAACUGUUCAGAUAAGGAGUAUGUCAAAAUUUUGCCAAUAUCUUAAUAAAACUCAGCAAUUAAAACACA